AUGACAUUUACCAAGGUUAAGGAAGAAUCCCGUACCUUGAUUAUGAAACCAAAGGUAUUUAAUAACCUACCGAUCGAUACUAUUGCAUUGGUAUUAUGGGUGUCACAGAAUAUGUCAUGUAAUGGCCAGGAGUACAAGUGCGAAAACGACCGUGAUAAUGUCGAUCAAUUGAUCAAGGAGAUGUUUUUGUUUCCUGGCGACCAACAGCAAUUUCCCACCAACGAGAUCGAGAUGAAACAAUUUUGCCAGUCGAGUAAACAGCGAGAGAAAGCGGUUAAACAAUACGCCGACACAUGUCUGGACAGUGUGGACAGAACUGUAUUGAAUCUGUUUGUGUAUUCAGUGAUUAAGCACUCGUCAGGUGUGUGUAAGUCCCGGCGCCGGGCGCUUGAGUUGCAACAGAUGGGCAAAUGUGGUAACUCUGACCGUAAGGCUAAUAAGAAAUGCUGGAAUGACUGGAUGGCCACUUUGGCCGGCAUUACCACACUUAGCAAUAAUAAGUUGAAAAUACCGCUCGCCUGCUGGUCA